UUUAUUGUCACUAAUGAAGCAAGUUCUUCCCGGCCCUCUCCUAUCCGAGUGCUGACAGUCCCAGGCUACAAAUUUCAAUUAGCAGCUGUAAUUUGUGUCCGGGGCGAGCGCAAGCCGUGUCAGUGUGUCCCGGCCCGCCGGACGAGUCACAGCUUGGAGGAGGAGGGAGACAAGGAGAGGAAGCCUGAGGGGACUGAACAUUCCCGGGACUUAUACAGGACUGGAUUACACCUAAUGCCUGAAUAGAGCCUGAAAUCUCUACCGGACAUACAUGGCAGACAAGAGGAGGUCACCUUGUACCAUGAGCCUCAAGGCACACGCCUUCUCCGUGGAGGCUCUCAUCGGGGCAGAGAAGGAGAAGAGGAAGAAGAAGAGGAAGCUGGAGGAUGGACAUGGCGACCGGAGUUCUACAGAGGGAUCCGAACUUCUUUCCGGACAACAGUCCGCGGUCACCGACCUGGAUCACUCUGUGUGCGGGAUACUGGGAGCCUCUCCCAGUGAGGACUCCUAUGGAGGAGUGAAGGCAGCAGCUGGCUCUUGCAGUCCCCCCCUGACGUCCCCAGUGGUGUCGGCCCCGAUGGGCUCCUCUUCCUCGGUGAUUCGUGUUGAUCUGCAGGGAGCAGAAUUAUGGAAACGCUUUCAUGAGAUCGGAACCGAGAUGAUCAUCACCAAGGCCGGGAGGCGAAUGUUUCCAGCUAUGAGAGUGAAGAUCUCUGGGCUAGAUCCACAUCAACAAUACUAUAUAGCCAUGGAUAUAGUGCCUGUGGACAAUAAAAGAUAUCGUUAUGUUUACCACAGUUCAAAAUGGAUGGUUGCAGGCAAUGCAGACUCUCCAGUACCCCCACGUGUUUAUAUACAUCCAGAUUCCCCAGCCUCUGGUGAGACAUGGAUGAGACAAGUCAUUAGUUUUGAUAAACUGAAACUUACCAAUAAUGAGCUGGAUGACCAAGGACAUAUAAUUCUUCAUUCAAUGCACAAAUAUCAACCACGUGUCCAUGUGAUUCGGAAAGACUGUGGCGAUGAACUGUCUCCAGUAAAACCAAUUCCAGCAGGAGAAGGGGAGAAGGCAUUCGCAUUCCCUGAAACAAUUUUCACUACUGUAACAGCAUACCAGAAUCAACAGAUAACGCGAUUGAAAAUCGACAGAAAUCCUUUUGCAAAGGGAUUUAGAGAUUCUGGGCGAAACAGGAUGGGUUUAGAAGCCCUUGUGGAAUCAUAUGCAUUUUGGAGACCAUCUUUGAGAACUCUGACAUUUGAGGAUAUACCUGGCAUUCCAAAACAGGGCACUUCUUCUUUACUCUCUGGAUCUGGAGCUUCAGCCACUCAUCCACAUCUUUUGCCCGGUUCUCCAUGUUCUUCCCCUGCUUUCCAUCAUUUGGGAGCAAACACGAGUCAACUUUGCAGCCUGAGUCCAGCAGAUUAUUCAGCCUGUGGUCGAUCUGGCCUAGCACUUAAUAGAUAUAGCACGUCACUUGCUGAAACUUAUAACAGACUCACCAACUCAACCAGUGACUCUUUUGGAACCCCAAGAACCCCUUCCUACGUUGGCAUGGCAAGCAGUGCCACAGUAAAUAUGUCUAUGACAGGACAUGACAGUGACAACUUUGGAUGUCCUCAAACAAGUCUAUCUAUGCAAAUUUCAGGAAUAUCUCCUCAGCUCCAAUAUAUUAUGCCUUCCCCAACGGGCAAUGCAUUCAGCAGUGGACAACCUCACCAAAGCUCUUAUAAUGCCUUUCGACUGCACAGCCCAUGUGCACUGUAUGGAUAUAACUUUUCCACUUCUCCCAAAUUAGCUUCUAGUCCUGAAAAAAUUGUCUCAUCUCAAGGAAAUUUUUUGGGUUCAUCUCCAAGUGGAACCAUGACUGACAGACAAAUUCUUCCUUCAAUGGAUGGAGUUCACCUUCUUAGUGGUGCUGGGCAGCAAAAUUUCUUUGACUCCAGAAGUUUAGGAGGUCUAACACUAUCAACAUCUCAAGUACCUGCACAUAUGGUUUGACCAUGUACUCUUUAUAUAAAAGGGUUCCUUUCAGGAUUUUUUUAUUCAAUUUAUAUAUUGAUUGUAAAUAGAGUACCUUUUAAGAACUGAACUUUAAAUCAUUUAAAAUUUUGUUUGUAGAUAUGUAUAUAUAUACAUUACAAAAAGACAAAUGCACUAACUUGCUAUUAACUAUUUUGUUCUUUUUUUGUACGUUUUGUACUUCUUGUAUUUUGCCUAUGCACAGAAUAAAUAACAAACCAAGCACAACCA